UAUGACUAGCAAUGGAGAACCGGUGGGAUGCAGCGACUAGAGUAAGCAAAGUUACACUAGUGUCCUUAAUUUGUAUAGAUGUUGCAAUUCUCUUUAUAUACACACCGCUGCAGCCCUAAUACACGACGACCUCAUUCUCCACGCCACGAUCAUGGCGACCUUCGUGACACGCCGGAGCAAGCCCGAGCUUGUUACGUCAUCACGUCCCACGCCCCACGAGAUCAAGCACCUCUCCGACCUGGACGACCUCCGCAACCACCACGAGUACACCCCCGUCGUUAGCUUCUUCCUUAGCGCCGGUGCCAUGCCGGAGGACACCGCGAAGGCCAUGCGGGUGGCCCUCGCCGAGGCCCUAGUGCACUACUACCCGUUGGCCGGCCGGCUGCGGGAGCUUCCCAGCGGCAAGCUGGUGGUGGACUGCACGGAGGAAGGGGUGGUGUUCGUCGAGGCGGAGGCGGAGGUGCGUCUCGCAGAGCUCGGCGAGCCACUCGUGCCACCGUUCCCAUGUGUCGGUGAGCUCCUCUGCAGCGACGUGGGAGAUCCUAGAGUUGUUCUAGGCAAGCCAUUGUUCUUUAUGCAGGUGACACGGUUCAGAUGUGGAGGUUUUGCUGUCGGUCUCCACAUGAUCCGUUGCAUUGCUGACGGCUUCGGCUGGAACCAAUUCAUCAGAGCCAUCGCUGAUCUCGCACGCGGUGAGACAGUCCCUCUCAUCCUCCCCGUGUGGGAACGUGAGCUCCUCACGGCACGUGUCCCGGCAAGCAUCGCCUGUGCCAGCCCGGUCUUCAAGCCGCUGGUCGAGGGGUCAGGCAUCGACGACGUGCUGUACUCCACGCCGUUCGACUCCUUGGUCCACCGCCUCUUCCACUUCGGGCCGGGAGAGAUCGCCAGGCUGCGAAGCCACGUCACCGCCCACCUCCGUCGGAGCUGCACGGACUUCGAGGUGCUCACCGCCGUCACCUGGCGGUGCCGCACCGCGGCGCUGGGCUACGAGCCGCGUCGGAACGUGUACAUCUGCUUCCCUUGCAAUGCUCGCGACCUCCUGCACGUCCCGGAAGGCUACUAUGGCAACGCUGACCUCUACUGCGUUCUUGAGGUGUCCGUCGGCAGGCUAUGCGGCGGCCAGCUUGGGCGAACAAUCGAGCUCGUGUGUGGGGGCAAGAGGAGUCUUCUAACGCCGGAGUAUGCAAGGUCAAUGGUGGAUUUGGUGGCGUCGAUGCGCGGGCGCCGGCUGGUCUUCAAUGGGGUGUACGUCGUGUCCGAUGUGACCCACCUCGGCGGCGAUGGGUUGGACUUCGGGUGGGGUGAGUGGGUCGCUGGCGGCGUGGUGGCGCCGACGGUAGCUAGUUUCCACAUGAGGUGCAAGAAUGCUGAUGGUGAGGAAGGUGUUGCGGUGUCGAUGGUUUUGCCAGGUGCGAUGAUGGAGAGGUUUGAAGAGGAGCUCGCCGUGUGGUUGAAGAGAGAUGAGGGAGAAGGUUCCGAUCCCCAUGCUCAGUCUUGAGCAGUGUUCACAGUGUAGAUUUUAAUUAAUUGCCAGGAAUAAGUCGGAUUUGUUAAUGUGAGUGCAGAGUCCUAGUCCCUUACAUGCA